AUGGCUGCCAAACGCCCCAAUUUCCUCAUUAUCGUCGCUGAUGACAUGGGAUUUUCAGAUGCCGGCUGCUUCGGGUCCGAGAUUCGCACUCCCAAUAUCGACAAGUUGGCAAAAGAUGGCAUCCGUCUCACAGGCUUCCAUGCUGCGGCCGCAUGCUCUCCAACAAGAGCAAUGAUUCUAACGGGGACCGAUCAUCAUAUUGCGGGCUUGGGCAACCUGAUUGAAUGGACCGAUUUCUCGGGCCAGAACUUUCCCAAAGGAAGCAAGUAUUCGACCGCACCCCAACGAGGCAUGCCUGGGUAUGAAGGGUACCUGAAUGCUCGAGUGGCAGCACUACCCGACAUUCUGAAAGACGGAGGAUAUCACACUGUCAUGAGUGGAAAAUGGCAUUUAGGGCUCACCAAAGAGCGGAGUCCUCAGGCGCGGGGCUUUGACCGAAGCCUGGCCCUCUUGCCGGCGUGCGCAAAUCAUUACGACUGGAGGCCAGAGGCCGAUUUUCCAAAGUUCCUAGAGAAGAGCGUCAUUGCUUUACAUAUGGAGGACGACCACUAUGUCAAAGAUCUGCCCGAGGGGUGGUACUCAAGUGAUGGAUAUGGAAGCCGAAUGCUGCGCUAUUUGAAAGAAUGGAAAGAGGACAUGGAACUCUCCAAGAAGCCCUUCUUCGCAUACUACCCCUUCUCCGCGCCGCAUUGGCCUCUUCAGGCCCCCAAGGAGUACAUUGAUCACUAUCGCGGUAUCUAUAAGAAAGGCCCAGAAGCUCUUCGUCAAGCACGGCUAGAGAAACUAAUUGAACUCGGAAUGAUACCCAAAGAUAUCAAGCCGCAUCCUGUUGUUGCGGACGAAGUGCCUGGGUGGGAUGAAAUGGAUGACUUUCACAAAAAGGCCUCUUCAUGUUCGAUGGAAGCGUACGCUGGGAUGGUCGAGUGCUUAGAUCACAACAUCGGCCGAGUCACCGACUACCUGGAAUCCAUCGGUGAGUUAGACAACACAUACAUUAUGUUCUUCUCCGACAAUGGUGCCGAGGGAGCUGCGUACGAAGCAUACCCCAUGGUGGCCGGUGAGCUGAUGGAACAUAUUGGCAAGUACUACAAUAAUUCACUCGAGAACAUUGGCAACAAGGACAGUUUCGUCUGGUAUGGCCCACGCUGGGCCCAAGCAGCAACCGCCCCGAGUAGACUGUACAAAGCAUAUACGACCGAAGGAGGUGUCCGCGUGCCUUGCGUUAUCCGGUAUCCGCCGAUGCAUCAAGGUCGAGAAGGCGAAAUAUCCGAGACGUUCGCGACAGUGAUGGACAUCGCGCCUACGCUACUUUCCCUCGCCGGCAUCAAACAUCCCUCUCCUGAGUGGAAAGGCCGACAGAUCGUCCCGAUGCGCGGCAAGGACAUGACACCGUGGCUGAACGGCAAGCAAGAUCUAGUUCACGAUCCUGACGAGGCGUUUGGGUGGGAACUUUGCGGACGGGCUGCGAUUCGCAAGGGACAGUGGAAAGCCGACUUUAUUCCAUACCCCAAGGGCACCUCGGCGUGGCAGCUGUACGAUCUCUCCAAAGACCCCGGCGAGACGGAAGAUCUCUCCACCAAGCACCCAGAGAUCCUCAAGGAGUUGCUGGAUCUCUGGGAAAUAUAUUGCGAGGAGACCGGAGUGGUACCCCUGCAACCGGAACUGGGGGCUCGGUUCCAUGAAGCCGUUGAGGCACAGAUGAAAGAGGGAGAAUGGAUUGAGUACGAGUACUGGAAGCCUGGGGCACUCGAAGAGAGGAGGCGGCAAGAAUUUGUCAGGGAGAUUGCGAAGGUAAGUGAUCCCAGAAUCAAAGAGGCUGCCGGGGGACAACCGGUCAACGUAGUCGAUGCUUGA